AUGGCAUACUCGGGCGAUCUGCUCUGGGUCCACCAUGAUGCCAAAAGUCGCAAGGCCGCACCACAUCGCCACAAGGUUUUCUCGCACAUCCAAUCAGGCUACCACAAAUGGCGGCGCGUCGAGGCCGCCCGGUCCAUGAGGAAGUCGGUCAUCAUCCCGCGACUAGCACACGGCCAGCGAGGACCAAGCCGUCGAGGACAGGGUCAAGAUGCCCCGACAGACAAGGGCGCCCGGGAUCACGACCGGACCCGUAUCAAGUCAGAAGAAGAGGAAGAGCAAGAGGAAGAGCAAGAGCAAGAGCAACAGGGAGAGGAAUCACCGCCGCCACCGGGCCAGAGCAUUGUUGUGUUUCGCGGCAACUCUGAUCCGUUCAAUUCCACGCCUGUCCAUGUCAGCGCCCGCGUCAACGAGAUCAUGGCCUUUGAGCGCCGCAGUGUCUUCCCCGUCAUCCAAGGCCCUGGAUCUCGACUGCAAGCCCAAGCCCAGGGCAAAGGCAACAUUCUUCCAUCAUGGUCGUCGUUCGCGUCCGACUCGCUGUGUGACAACAUGACUGCUCUGGCCUUCCUGCUGACGCCCUUGACCCUCAUGGCCCGAUCUUCUCCCGAUUCCUCUUACCUCAGAUUAUCACUCGUACAUCGAUACCAGGGCCUUAAUGCGUUGCGGGCCUACAUUCGCGAACUCGGCCAGCCGCCGCUGCAUGUCCUGAUGCAUUUCCUCGUGGCCGAGAUCUGGGGUGAGAACUGUGAUGAGGCGCUGGCCCACCUUGGCAUGGCGAAGGUCAUUAUGGAGUCCCAGAUUCGAGACAAUCCAGCAUCGAUCGUGCCGUAUAAAUGGAUCAGCGUGUUCCAGAUGGACAUCCACCGCGCCGCCCUGUCGCUGUCGCGCACUCUGUUCCCCAUGGACGGAUGGGUGACGGUCCCCUUUGAAGUGCCUCUGCCCAUCAUGGAUGUCUGUCCGGACCCAUGUCUGCGAGGAGCGCUUCGCAAUCUGUUCAUCGAACUCCAGCAAUUGGAUGCCCUCUAUGACUUCUUUACCAGCGACCCUUCGCCCCGGCCUAGCGUCUGGAAUUUUCUGCGCAUGCGGACGCUGGUGCUUAUCGGUCGGGCAAUCAACCACGCCGUCGAUGGCCGCGAUGUCUCGGCAAGCCUUGCCCUCGCCUACGUUCUCAAACUCGUUAGUGCUCUCGAGAACAUUCCUGUCGGAACCACCUCGAUCUACAAUGCCGGGCCUAAAAUGCUAGGACGCGUGCGAUCAUGUCUAGAUUCGGUAGUCUUGGACCCCCGACUGAGGCUUUGGAUCCUCUACGUCGGUGCGCUGAGCGGAGACAAGUGGUUUACGCGAAGCUUUGACGAACAGACGGUGCUCAUGGGAGUGCACACGUGGGAGGUGUGCAAGGAUAUCCUGUCGAGGUUCUACUUACCCAAGGAUGAGCCCCAGGUUCAUUUCCACGCUCUUUUCGAUGCGCGGCUGAGCAAGAGGAUCCUGGAGCUGACAACUGCUUUCCAGGACGUCAAGUUGGACGCCGGGUAG